AGGCUGUUUGCUAAACCGUUUCGAUAAAUCCAAAUCAGGAAGAAAAAAUGAGCGGCUAAUGCUAACUGGUUAGACGUUAAACGUAUCAUAGCAGUUGGAAGCAUACAUUUUGUUUGGAGUUAUUUUAAAAUUCGGAGUUUAUAAAAUUCUCACACCGAGACACAGUAAAUGAGGAGAUGCAGGCCAGCGAACCAGUGGUUGGUGCAUCAGUGGGGGUGUCUGGUGUUCAGAGUCGGUCGGAGGAUGAAGAGUCACUGAGCAUGAAAGACGUGAAAAGGACGGCAGCACAAGCGUUUGGAGGCGGUGUUCCCAAGAGGAGAAGUUCAUCCAGAUCAAUAAAAAGAAAGAAGUUUGAUGACGAGCUGGUGGAGAGCAGUCUGGUCAAGUCGUCCAGCAGAGUCAAAGGGCCUCCUGUCAUUGAACCUAUACGCUGUUUGGGCAGUGAACCUUCAUCCAUUGAAAAGAAAAAGGUGCCCAAGUCAGGAACUGCCCUCACACCACCUCUCACUAUGGUAUUAAACCCUUCACCUCUGCCCAAAAGAGUAAAGAAAAGCAAGCAGCCUUUACACAUGACUAAAGACUUGGGACGCUGGAAACCCACAGAUGACCUUCUGCUAAUUAAUGCUGUGCUACAGACUAGUGAUCUAACUUCUGUUCAUCUGGGGGUCAAGUUCAGCUGUCGCUUUACUUUGCGGGAAAUUAAAGAGAGGUGGUACGCAUUGCUGUAUGACCCUGUCAUCUCAAAGCUCGCAUGGCAGGCAAUGCGGCAGCUUCACCCAGAGGCAAUAGCAGCAAUUCAAAGCAAAGCUCUCUUCAGUCAGAGUGAACAGGCGCUGCUGGCCAAGAUCGGUUCAACCAGUCAGCCCAAAAUGGAAGUUUUCCUGGAGCUUCUGAGCAAACACCCCGGCAUCUUUCACCCAUCUCGCACCCCGAAGAGCCUGAUGGUUCACUGGCAGCUGCUGAAGCAGUAUUACCUGCUAGAUGACCAGAGUGUUCAGCCGCUUCCUAAAGGGGAUCAGGUGCUGAACUUUUCUGAUGCUGAGCAGAUAGUAGAUGACAUAAAAUUAAAGGAUAGUAGAGACGAAGCACUGGAACACGAGCUGAUGAUAUCAGAUCGUCACCAGAAGAGGGAGAUCAGACAGCUGGAGCAGGAGUUACCUCGGUGGCAAGUUCUUGUAGACAGCAUCACAGGGAUGAGCAUGCCUGACUUCGACAAUCAGACGUUGGCAGCGCUGCGGGGAAGAAUGGUGCGGUACCUCAUGAGAUCAAGAGAGAUCACGCUGGGGAGAGCAACAAAGGACAAACAGAUAGAUGUAGAUCUGUCACUAGAGGGACCCGCUUGGAAAAUAUCCAGAAAGCAAGGAAUAAUUAAACUGAAGAAUAACGGAGAUUUCUUCAUUGCUAAUGAGGGACGGAGACCCAUCUACAUCGACGGCAGACCGGUCCUGUCAGGAAACAAGUGGAAGCUGAACAACAACUCAGUGGUGGAGAUCGCAGGUCUUCGUUUUGUUUUCCUAAUAAACUUGGAGCUCAUCUCACUGAUAAAAGCUGAAGCGGCUAAGAUGUCACAGCAGUGAAAGGUCGGGUUCUGUCAGCUGACAGACAGUAGCGUCCGCCAGAGCAUCGCCAUGGAGACGAGGACUCCAUAUAACCUUAUUGUGACUCUUGAUGAUUUACAUCCUGGAGCAACAUGUUUAAUGUGGUGUAUGGACAUUUUAUUCUGUUAUGCCGACACUCGUGGUUGAGUCCUGUUGUGUGCAGUUUUGCAGAACAUUGUAUUUAAAUUCUCACACCAAGCUUUUGUUGUUUUUUUAAUAAUAAACUUGUUUACUCUGUCUUC